ACCCUCUCCAAAUGCUCGUAUAUUCCAAGCAGGAAGCAGACGUAGACCUCUCCCGUCCUGAUACUUUACCACGCACCGCCUUAUGAAUUAUACGUGGAAAUUUAAUGAAUUAUAAUUCUAGGCGUUGAUGAAUUGUUUACCCCGCCCCCUUCCGGACCUGGAAAAGAGACUUGUAAACUUAUUAUACUCGAUAGUGUACAGAUUUCUUACCAGGAUGAGUGGAAAGCAUUGUGGGCGACGGUUAAAGCGGUUAAACGGAGUAGCACAGCAGUUUUGGUUUUGUUGCUUGCCGGAUACGGUCGGAAAACCCUUAUUCCUUGUCCUGCAAUGCGGUCGAUGCCAAUACAAUUCUCAAUGAAUUACAAUGGCGAUAUCCUCAAGUUUAGUUUGGCGGAAGUGCAGGCACUCUUCUCGAGUCUCAAUACUAUGCUUCCCUUCAACAUGCCAGCCGCUGUGGCAAACGCUGUACAUCAGCUUACAGACGGUAUUCCGAUCCUUGCGGCCGAGCUGUACUUUGGGUUCGCAAUGCUUUGAAAGCUUCCUCUCAAGCAGAAAUCAACGCGAAUGCAUUGAGGCUAGUGACCUCGCAUGAAGUGCUCAAAGGGGUAAUGACGGAAAGGGCAAUUGUAACUUUCGGUAGUGUAAUUCCAAAUAUCAGGCGUUUGCCACAUCCAGAUACGGCCGUACAGAUAGGAGAGGCAAUGCUCAUUGAUCUAUUGAACAGAGGACAGAGGGACGCUUUCCAAAAUGACGAUGACGCCAUGUUAAAAGAGGUGGAAACUGAAUUAGUUAAUGGCGGAGUAUUAAGUGUUGCUGAUGGAGGAGCUACCAUUAAGUUUUCCUGCCCCCUGCAGGCGGCAAAUAUUUUCAUGACACUCUGUAAGGAGGAGUCAUCCUUCUCAUCCGCCCCACCCCCUUCGUCCCUCGCACAGUUCAUGGAGGAAUCUUUGCAAUUGCUGGAACCGGCUACGCUUAGGGCUUCAUCGGGUCUUGGGCGUCAAGGCAAGUUAUUAGAAAGAUCGUGGCAGAUGGAGACGUAUAGGGCAAUGACGGCGCGGCUUGGCUCUCACGGCAUUGUAACUCCCGACGUGGGUGCGAUCUACGGUUCCCCUGGAUAUCUAGACUUUCAUAUAAGAUUGGAGAAUGGCACGCAGUGGAUGGUGGAGUUGACUAGGGAGGGAGACAGACUACGGCAACAUCAAGCGCGGUUUAUCGGUCAAGGUGCUUACACGCAGAUCCCGAAUGACGAUUGGUUAAUUGUUGACUUCUAUAAUUUGGGUGAUUGGAACAUUCCUCGUGACCCUAACCCAUAUCAGGAUCCUAGAGUCUGGCUCGUAGGUUUUUUCCAUGAUUACAGUAGCUGUCUGUUGACUCGAAGUGGCUAUAACGUUACGACCAUCUAUUUCCUGGAUACAUCAGCUUCUCGCUGGUGGAAAAGUUUGAGUGGUUUGACUAAUAUCGCCCGAAGCGUUUUCAGCAAGCUAGUCUGAAGUGUGCCCGCGUAGCUUGGCUAUUAUCGUUGGAACCUAAACCUAUUUCGUAGGCGUACGUGUGGGAAUGUCACUCUAGUUGAUUCUUCCUCAGUUUCUUCUUCAGCAAUUGCAUUCAAAUUAGCUUCAAUUUCAGCCAAAUCCGGAAUGGAGUAUUGGGCUGUAGCAUAUGUCGUUAUCUUCUACUUAGUUUGCUCAUUCAUACACCUAACUGUAAGAAUAUGAUAUAUUGAAUUUAAAAAACUUGUUGAUGAUCAC